AUGGUUUCAAAAUUGAAAAUAGCUUUAAUACAAUUUCUUGGUUCAACAUCAAAACAACAGAAUAUAAGUCGAGUAUGUGAAUUGAUCCGUCAAGCUGCAUCGACUGGUGCUCGCCUUAUUGUUUUACCUGAAAUAUGGAAUAGUCCGUAUGGCGUCAAAUAUUUUUCUCAGUAUGCUGAAACCAUACCGAAUGGCGAAACAACUGAUGCAUUAAGUGCAUGUGCUCGUCAAACUAAGACAUACCUUGUCGGUGGUUCGAUACCCGAACGUGACGGUGAUAAACUUUAUAAUACAGCGACUGUAUAUGAUCCUGAUGGGAAAUUAUUAGGCAAAUAUCGUAAAGUCCAUUUAUUUGAUAUUGAUAUUCCGGGUAAAAUAACAUUUAAAGAAAGUGAUGCAUUAUCACCUGGACAACAAUUGUUUACAUUUGAUAUUGAUCAAAAGUAUCGUAUUGGUCUUGGUAUUUGUUAUGAUCUUCGUUUUCCAAUGCUUGCAUCAUUAUAUUCAAAUCGUCAAUGUCAUGUUUUACUUUAUCCUGGAGCAUUUAAUAUGACAACAGGUCCCGUACAUUGGGAGUUAUUAUUACGUGCACGUGCACUUGAUAAUCAAAUGUAUGUUGCUGGUAUUAGUCCAGCACAUGAUGAACAGUCUGACUAUAAAUCAUGGGGACAUACAACAUUAGUUGACCCAUGGGGAACGAUAAUGAGUAAAUGUGAAAUGAAUGAAGAUGUUAUCUAUGGAGAUAUUGAUCUUGAACAUUUAAAUACGAUUCGAUCACAAUUGCCGUAUUUAUCGCAACAACGUACUGAUGUUUAUACAUUAGUUGACAAGAAAAAAGAUGAUUGA